GUGCUUGGCUCUACAAAUCUCAAGCCGGACCGUAAUUAGCAAUACCUGUGCGCCGCGGUCUCACACUGAUCCUAUUUACGGAGGAAAAUUCUGCUUGUCUACUGGAAAGAUGCCGAAAUCUAAAGAAUUUAUUUCGUCAUCAGAAUCAGAAACAGAUGAGCCAAAGCCGAAGAAGAAGAAAGAAGCUAAAAAGCCUAAAAAUAAAGAAGAAAAAACAGAGAACAAUUCUAAAGUGGUGCCAAAAAAAACAGGAGCCGCAGGAGAACAGAUGUUUCAGCUUUCAAAAAUGCGGUUUGUUAGUGUCAGUGAGUUCCGUGGAAAGGUCUUGGUUGGAAUAAGGGAGUACUAUGAAGCUGAUGGAGACCUUCGACCAGGCAAAAAAGGUAUAUCCCUGACAUUGGAGCAGUGGAACAGCCUGAAGGAUCAGAUGGAAGAGAUUGACAGAGCAGUCAAAGAAGUCUGAAGUACGGGAAAUACCUAAAGUUGGAACAUCUGCACAGAGGAUCUUGUGAGGAAUGCGAAGGUCUGGCCACCAUUGAAAAGUGGACAAUGAAUGGUGAUGCAGAAUAAGGCAAAAUUAAAAAAGGAAACUAAAACAUUAUAUGUGUUUCAGGUGUCCUGACCUUAUCUAGUUUUUUCUGCCAACCCUAAAACAUUUUAUCACUUGCCGUACUUGUAUCCAAGAUGGAUUUAUUAGCCAGACAAAGUGCACAGUCACUCAUUAAGAUGUGCAUUCUUCCUGCCUGGCCCCGUACUUGACAACCUAAGGGCAGUUAUAAUGUGUAGAAAUCAAAUACAUUGUAAAAUAGGGUAGAAAGCAUUAUAUUGAUCAAUGAAAAUUAAAAAAAAAUCAAAAACAUCAAAUUAUUUGCCAACCAAUCCUCCCUUUUUAUCUGGCAUGGUAGCUGAAACACACAUAGUUUUUAGUUUUAAGGAAUUUACUCCGUUAAAUGUAUUUUGAUCAUGAGUGCUGUAUAUAUAAUCUUGAAGAUUUAAUUAUUUUUAUCAGUCAGACCGAUGAAUAAAAGUUGAUAACUUGAUGAACAGAAAUGAUAUAAUUUAUUAUAAGAUUUAAAUAUAGGAUUUAAGUUUUCAAACAAGGUCUGAUGUUCUUUUCAUUGUUGGAACACCAAAGUUGACAAAUGUACAUGCAUUUAACAUGUACCAUUUAAUAUGAUAAACCUUACUUUUAAGAAAAAAUGUUUUCUUGUCAAAAGCAUAUUUUGAAAAUGUACAACUUUUGUAAAAUUAUUAUUUUAUAGCGAAAAUACAGUGCUGGUUUUGAAAAAAUUGUGCUUUCUGUGUAUAACUAUUUCAAAAAUGGCCAAAUAAAAAUUAUUGUUUGUUUCUGAUACCCUAACUACCCUGUUUUUGUGCCGAUUCUAAACCUUUUGGGGGCAAUUUUCAAGAAAGCUUUGUUAAAGUAAAGACUUCUCUCCUAUAAAAACCUGAAAACACGUUUAAAAGGGUAAAUUUAAAAUCUACCUACCCAUUCUAUUUUUUUCAGACAUGUAACAUGAAACUUUGGGGUUUUUUUUGCCAAAAAGAAGUACAGGAACAUAUGGCUUCAGAGAGGAAAAUAUAAUGAUAAAAUUAUCUGUAUAUGAGGCAUAUUAUCAUAUUUUUUUCUCUCAGUCACGAUAUGUACCGUAAAUUUGAGGGUAUACCCGAGUGCGCAGGUACAUUUUUGGGGUCAGAUUUGAAGAGAGAAAAAAUUGAAAAUAGAAAUGAUUUUUUUUGUGUGUUACUUGUUAAAGAAGUAGUAACUUCGUUUUGAAAAUACAGUGCUGCUUGUUUUGUAAAGCUAAAUGUAUUAUUGUAUGGGACUUGAUUAUUUCAAUGAUACAUUAAACUAGUUUUCAAAUUAGGUAUCUUUGUUUAAACAGUAUGUAAGAAGAGCUAGUGAGUAUUUUGUGUAUAUUUUAACUUAAAGAUCCCAGUCCAACUGCUGGCAAAAAAUACUAGAACAUUCGUCUUUUUCUACAUACAGUAGCCUCCCUUUAAUUUCUUUUCUCAUGUUUACUACCGUUGACCAGGUAGCUCAUUGUGUUACUCCAAUUGUUUGAUAAUCAGAACUACAGAGUUCAAAUCCUUUUCUGUCUCUAUUUCAUUUUUACACUCGGAACACUGUUGUCAAAUUAUUUGCUUUCAAUCUUAUUAUUAUUGUUAUUUUGCCCCCCAUAACAGCUCUGCAGGGUAGGAGUUGCUUUUUACAAAUGAUUAAUCAAUGCUGUGGUCAUAACUGAAUAGAAAAUCUUUUGAUACUGGUAAUUACAUUUUCUGGCAGUGGUACAGGGAUUCUUAACGUGUUGCUGGGUCCAGGACUGUGAAUUCCGGAAUAAGAUUAUUGAAGAGACAGACGAAUUAUUUUGUUGAAUGAAUGAAGUCAAACAGUUGUAAGUGUUCACUAAAUAUACAAAAAAAAUAAAAACACUUAGAUUAGCUUUACCAUUUUGUUUUUGCUUUUGUUCAUUAAAAAACACUGCAGAAGUUAUAUGAAUCACCUUUAAUUAUAUAAUGAAGUUAGAGAUAUUAAAAUAAUCAAACUUUCAGCAUUUGAUCACAAUCACAUGCAUUUUACUAUCCUUGUAUUGCAUUUAUAUGACAAUAUUUACUUCCCAGUUUUUACAUCAUCCUCGAUAUUCCAGGGGCUACGCUUACUUUGGUUGUUGCAAAGAGAGAUACUAAUAGGGUAUCGAGGAUGAUAUUGUAUUGACAUUAUGAAAAUCAUCCUUUUGUGAAAAUGAUGUAUAAAAAAUACAUAAUUAAUAAUCACUCAUCAGUAAAUGUCUUACGUUACAUAAAAACUAAUAUUUUGAAUCUAUUUCCUAAUUUAUUAUGCGAUGCAUGUACACCUUCAGCCCUGACUUAAACUGACUGAUGAUCUUAAUCACUACUUAAGAUAUUGAGAUAUUUUCAUAGUACUUUUUAGCAUCCAUUAGGUAUAAGUCGCUUUGCUUCAGUCUGUUACACUCCAUUUGGUUUUGGUCUCUGAGGUAUCAAGAUUUAUUAUCGAUUUCAUUUGUUACCUAAUUUUAUGCAUGAACUCGAAAUGUUUUGACAUCAAUAAUGUCCAGUAGUGCAAGUUGAACUGUAUGUGUAGGAAAUUGAUGUAUGUAUGGGGCAAGGAAUAAUUCCUACAGUACGGUGUACACAAUAUACAAUUGUCUAAUGUUGCUAUGUCUGAGCACAUAGAACAACAUAAUAAUGCUGGUUUGCUGAGAGUUCUAGAUUGAAGAGGUUCUAUUGGUUAAAGAGUGUCAUUGUUGGAGCCAAAUUCUCUGGUUGGUUCUGACAAAAAAAUCUGAAUUUGACAGAGCCAGGUUUAGACAGAGUACAUGACUAUUGUAUUCAUUGUCCCGUGAGACAGAAACUUCUUAAUAAUUCUAAAUUAAGGACACUAAUUAUUAUACGAUAAGCUGCUACUAUUACAGCACACUCUGUACAAACUGGACACCUGUAGAACCACUGUUGGUUGGUUUGCUGAUAGUUCUGGAUUGUAGAUUUUUUGUUGAACGUUUUUGACAAAAAUCCGAAUUAGAUAGUGUUCAGUUUGGAUGGUGUUCUGUACUCUUUUUUCCUAAGUUUUGGUUCAUUAGUCUUGUAGUUUUCAUGUAUCAUGUAUAUCAUUGCUCAUCCAUGCAAGCACUAACAUUUUUUUGUUAGAAAUAAUUAAAGAUGUCACGUCAGUGUUUAAGCUUGACUAGCUGUUUAUAAUUGCUUUUUAUUUUUCAAUAAAUACAUUGCAAUUGG